AUGGCGGCUUGUAUCGGCACAAUCGACGUCAAUCCCGGCCCAGCUGACUUCACUUCGACAGAACACCAGCACCCCAGACAUGGCUCGUCCAUCUCGCAGCGGCCCGACUCGAAGCACGUCAUGUUCCCCGGCGCGCUCAAGUCGGCCUUCAGCAACACGAUGCGCUUCGAGCAGCCGUCGACGUACCCCGCCCUGCCGACGUAUCGCAUCGUCGACCAGCACGGUGUCGUCGUGGAUCCUUCUUUUUCGCCCGACCUCAGCGACGACGAGGUGGUCAAGUUGUACCGCGACAUGCUCGCCGUGUCCAUCAUGGACCUGAUCAUGUUUGACGCCCAGCGCCAGGGCCGCCUGAGCUUUUAUAUGGUAUCAGCCGGGGAGGAGGCCGUGUCGGUGGCGACGGCGUCGGCGCUGGCUAAAGAGGACGUCAUAUUUUGCCAGUACCGCGAGCAAGGCGUGUUUAAACAGCGAGGGUUUACGCUGAAUGACUUUAUGAACCAGUUGUUUGCCAAUCGCAAGGAUCCUGGGAAGGGCAGGAACAUGCCCGUGCACUACGGCAGCAGGGAAUUGAACAUUCAUACCAUCUCGUCGCCUCUUGCGACGCAGCUACCGCAGGCUUCGGGGGCUGCGUAUGCGCUCAAGAUACAGAGGAUGCAAGACCCCAGUGUGCCGCCGAGGGUGGUUGCGGUGUACUUUGGCGAAGGCGCGGCUAGCGAAGGUGACUUCCACGCCGCCUUGAACAUUGCAGCUACAAGAUCUUGCCCGGUCAUCUUCAUCUGCCGCAACAAUGGGUAUGCGAUCUCUACACCAACGCUGGAGCAGUACCGUGGUGAUGGCAUCGCUAGUCGCGGCCUUGGCUACGGUAUCGAGACCAUUCGCGUGGACGGAAACGACUUUUGGGCGGUCCGCGAAGCGACCAAGAAGGCGCGCGAGCUAGCAUUGCAAGACGGUGGGAAGCCUGUUUUGAUUGAGGCCAUGACGUACCGGGUUAGCCACCACAGCACGUCGGACGACUCGUUUGCCUACCGAGCGAGGGUUGAGGUAGAGGACUGGAAGCGGCGGGACAAUCCGAUUGCCAGGCUGCGCAAGUGGAUGGAGGCCCGGGGUUGCUGGGAUGAGAAUAAGGAGAAGGAAGCGCGUGACAGCAUCAGGCGGGACAUUCUCAAGGCGUUUUCCGAGGCCGAAAAGGAGAAGAAGCCACCACUCCGGACCAUGUUUGAGGACGUGUACGAACAGUUGACACCGGAUCUGAAGAAGCAGAUGAGCGAGCUAAAGAGUCAGCUAGAGAGAUACCCAGAUGAGUACGACCUAGCCGAUUUUGAGGGUGGGAGGGACAGCCUUGUUAAAUAG